AUGAAUAGGGCGGCAAACACAAGUGGCUCUGUCUCAGAGGGCAGCUAUAAGUAUGCCGUCUGUUUGAAAGGCCACAGUCCCCACCCAACCUCACAACAGGUGCUUGUCUUUGUAUCACAAGAGCCCUCUUUGUACUUGUUUUUUUUCACUGUUUAUCCUUUCAAUUUUCUUCUUAAAGAUCUCUUCAUACGUUCUUUCUUUCUUUCUUUCUUUCUUUCUUUCUUUCUUUCUUUCUUUCUUUCUUUAAUAUCCUCCAUAUUUGUUUGUUUGUUUGUUUGUAUGUUUCUUUCUUUCUCCCAUCAGUUAAUAUCCCCAUACUUGUUUCUUUCUUUCUUUCUUUCUUUCUUUCUUUCUUUCUUUCUUUCUUUCUUUCUUUCUUCAGUUAAUAUCUUUCAUAUUUGUAUGUUUGUAUGUUUGUCUGUUUGUAUGUUUGUUUGUUUCUUUCUUUCUUUCUUUCUGCCAUCAGUUAAUAUCCCCCAUAUUUGUUUCUUUGUUCCUCUUUUUUUUCUUUCUUUCUUUCUUUCUUUCUUUCUUUCUUUCUUUCUUUCUUUCUUUCUUUCUUAUUCUCUAUACAUAUUUCUUUCUUUCUUUCAUCAGUUAAUAUCCCCCAUAUUUUUUUCUUUCAGUUAA